GGCGGGGCUUGAAUGCGAAGGCGGAAGUUUAGUGAUCGCUUUCGGAAAUCAAUACCGUACGUCCAAACUGUAUCAUAGACCACUAUGAACAAGAAUACAGUACUAUUUUCGGUAUAAUCUUCCGAUGAGUUAAACUAUCGUAAAUAUAUUGAUGCCGACUUAUUUUAAACUCCAGAUGACGUAUCGAUCUGACUACAAUGGUUUAGCCUAACUUCACCGCAUGGUGCUAAAUAAUAUGCUAAAGUCUGAGCUGUAGAUUUACAAAAGGAGUGAUGUCGGUAAAAACAAAUGCGAGUAAAGGCAGAGAUACUGGCGAAGUGGUUAAAAACCAUCAUAAGCAAGCGUUUGAGUAUAUAUCCAAAGCACUGAGGAUCGACGAAGAUGAUACAGGAGAGAAGGAGGAGGCUCUACAGUGGUACAAGAGGGGAAUUGUUGAGCUCGAAAGCGGCAUCGCGGUGACGAUCACGGGACAAGGGGAGCAGUAUGAGCGGGCCAAAAGACUUCAGGAUAAAAUGAUCACCAACCUCACCAUGGCUAAAGACAGACUUGCUCUUUUAGAGAGCACAUUGGCUUCCAAAGGGAGGAUUCAACCCCAGAAUGCUUCAGAAAAUGUUCCAAAACAAACAAAACCUAAAAGUCAGCCUGCGGUCCAAGGGGGGUCCAAAAACUCCAGGCCCUCCACAGCAGGAAGACCACCUUAUAGAGCCCCCGAUUUAAAGGUAACACCACAAGUGGGUAGACAUUCAAAGCAGCCCCAAAAGAAGCAGCUGAAAAAUUUCAAGAAUGUGGACAGCAAACUGGCAAACAUGAUCCUGAAUGAAAUUGUAGACACUGGGGCAUCUGUAACUUUUAAUGAUAUUGCUGGCCAGGAUCUGGCCAAACAAGCACUCCAGGAAAUUGUCAUUCUUCCUGCCUUAAGACCGGAGCUCUUCACUGGGUUGAGAGCUCCUGCACGAGGUUUGCUCUUAUUCGGCCCACCAGGAAAUGGGAAAACUAUGCUGGCAAAAGCAGUUGCGGCAGAGUCAAACAGCACAUUCUUCAACAUGAGUGCAGCCAGUUUGACGUCAAAAUACGUGGGAGAGAGUGAGAAGCUUGUCCGAGCAUUGUUUUCUGCUGCCAGGGAGUUACAACCCUCUGUCAUCUUCAUUGAUGAAGUGGACAGUUUGCUCCGUGAGAGGCGGGAAGGAGAGCAGGAGUUCUCACGUCGUCUAAAAACAGAGUUCCUCAUUGAAUUUGAUGGGGUGCAGUCUGGAGGAGAUGACAGGGUGCUUGUCAUGGGAGCCACCAACAGACCUCAGGAACUAGAUGAAGCAGUGUUAAGGCGCUUUGCAAAAAGAAUCUACGUGGCAUUGCCUGAUGAGAAGACGAGAGUCACACUUCUGCAACAUCUUUUAGCAAAGCAUGGGAGUCCACUGAGCAAUAAUGAGUUGUGCUGGCUUGCAAAAGCAACUGCAGGGUAUUCUGGAAGUGAUCUGACAUCCUUGGCUAAAGAUGCUGCACUGGGGCCAAUCAGAGAAUUGGGACCAGACCAAGUUCGUCACAUGGCUGCUAGUCAGAUGCGCAACAUCAAGAUAAAAGACUUUGAGGAUUCCCUGAAGCGCAUCAAGCCCAGUGUUAGCCCAGCAACUCUCAAUAUGUACAACAAAUGGAACAAGGACUUUGGUGACACAACUGCAUUUUGAAUUUGAUUCAUUUGCGUUUCAAAAUAAUGUAACAUUAAUAAAUAAUGUGGAUAAAUACUAACAACAGAGAUCGUUUGGCAAACCUAUGCUUGUACUAUACUUAUUUGAUUUGGAGUACAAAUUUGCAUUUCUUGUAAUACAAGGAAAAUGUGUCUGACAUUUUCUAUGACUUUCAAUAUAUUGUUAUACUAAGAAACUGUUCUUGUAUUUUAUUUUCAAGAACGUUCUAUUUUUGACCUUCCACAAGAGGGCAGCACACUGAUGUAAGUCUGAAUCGCUCUGUACCAGAAUGUUAUUUUGUGUAAAAAUUAUUUUUUUUCCGAAGGAAUAAAAUAGGACUGAAAUC